UAAAUUUAAUUCCAUGCACUUAAAAAGGAGUGACUGGUUCUCCUUAGCAGGAUAAAGUGAACUCUGCAAGUACAGGUUUACCAUGUUUGGCUGAGGAGGAUGGCGCUGCUUCAAGGCACUCGAGGGCUUCGCCUGUCUCUUCAUGUAAAAUGCUCACAUCAUCCUGCCCCAUCCUUUCCAAAACACAUCCCAUCGAAUUCCGUGAAUAUUACACCAUGCAGAAAAAUUAAAAAGAGCCCAAUUGCUACUGCAAAUUUGUCUCAGAUAUGUUGUUCCUCGUCCGCAACAGAGGCCAGGGUUUCGCAGUGGAAAGUUGAAGAAAGGUAUUUGAAGUGCUGCUUGGCUGGGAAGGAGCAGCAGCCACUGAGAGUUGCAGUAUUGGUCAGCGGAGGAGUGGACAGCAGUGUGGCUCUCAGGCUUCUUUGCGCUGCAGGCCAUUCGUGCACUGCUUUUUACUUGAAAAUCUGGUUCCAGGAUGACUUUGAGAACUUUUGGUCAGCAUGCCCAUGGGAUGAAGAUCUGACAUAUGCCAAAGCUGUUUGUGACGAGGUUGGCGUGGAUCUGCAGAUUGUGCAUUUGACUGAUGAGUAUUGGAGCAAUGUGGUUUCUUAUGUCAUUUCUGAGUAUAAAAGUGGUCGCACCCCUAAUCCUGAUGUUCUGUGCAACACAAGAAUCAAGUUUGGUGCUUUCAUGGACUUCAUUAACAAGAUGGACUUUGACUAUGUCGCAUCUGGGCAUUAUGCACACGUGGAACAUCAAAUUGGAGACUCUGACACCUUAAUGUCCAUUCUACAUUUAUCUGCCGACAAGAUAAAAGAUCAAACAUAUUUUCUGUGUCACCUUUCACAGGCUCAACUGCGAUGCCUACUCUUUCCUCUUGGUUGCCUGACAAAGGAAGAAGUGCGUAAACUUGCAGCAGAAAUGGGUCUUCCAAAUAAAGAAAGGAAGGAUUCACAAGGAAUCUGUUUUCUGGGCAAGGUAAAGUUCAGUGAAUUUGUUUCAAAACACAUUGGUGAGAUGGAGGGUAUACUAUUAGAAGCAGAGACAGGAGAUUUUCUUGGGAAACAUAGAGGAUUCUGGUUCUACACAAUUGGGCAACGCCAAGGACUCCGUCUUCCUGGAGGGCCCUGGUAUGUUGUUGAAAAAGACAUUGAAAACAAUGUUGUGUUUGUUUCAAGAAAUUACUAUUCUCUUGAUAAGCGAAGGCGCAUAUUUCAUGUUGGCUCUUUAAACUGGAUUUUAGGUGCUACCCCAGAUAGUUUUGAUGAGCUACAAUGCAAGGUGCGUCAUGGCCCAAAAUUAUACGAGUGUAAUAUUGAGCUUGUGAAAGGAAACCUUUCCAAACCAAAUGGUACUGCACAAGAUGUUGCUAUUGUGAAGCUAACAGAAGAUGAUCAAGGAAUUGCAGUAGGACAGUUUGCAGCAUUUUACAAGGAAAGUAUCUGUUUAGGCUCAGGAAUAAUUAUUGAUUCCUGUAGAGACCAUAGUUUCCCAGUUUGCUCUAAGGCUCUAGAGAUAGCAAGAUUGAAAGAUAAAUCUGAACUAAGGGAGCCUGUCAAAAUAAAAAAUUGUGAUAGCUCUUUUGCAAGGAAAUCAAACAGUGUAAAGAUAAGUAACCCAGUUGAUGAAGCAAGCUCUCAGAAUUUUUCAAGCAAAUCUGUAAUGGAAAGUAGGUCUGGGAGACAAAUCUGGGUCAACCUGACAAAUACAGUAAACUUCAUUGCCUCUUGGUUUAAAUAUUUUUGAAAAAGUUAAGAGAUGAACUGUUAUUGAUGGCCCUAUUUAAAUCUAAACGAUAGUGGGGUUUCUGUAAUGUGGGAGUUUUUUCUGCUUAAUGCCUGUAUCAUAACUAAUCUACUCUUUUUAAAUUUUUUUAUGAAUAAUUUGGAGUUAGCAAGCUUUACUUGAUU